AUGGGCGCUGAGUCCUCAAAAGUUGCGCGCAAACUACCCAAAAAUGCGACAGCCGCCUCCCUCGCCGCUGCGUCGCGAUCUGGCGCCGCCGCCGCUGCACCAAGAGCUUCCCCUCCUCCUCGCGUAAACGGGGGACAGCAGGAGGCGUCGCAGUCGCCGGUGGAACCAGCUUCGACAAAUGCCUAUGAAUCAGCAGCAUCACCACCACCGCCGCCGACUCAAGAUUCCCUCCACCAUCACCACCAGGGACGACAAGGACAUCAACCCACAAGGCCAUCAACAACCACCACCUCCACCCAAUCUUCAACCGGCACCGGAUCUCCCCUGGACGCAAUCGGCGACCCGGCCUUUGCCGCCCGUCUCCGCCAGCUCUCUGCUACCGUCCAGCCGAAUCCCAUCCACUCGCCUUCAUCAACGGUAUCCGUUCAUCCGCAGCCGCAGCUUCAGUCGCAGAAUCUUCCUCCUUCAUCUUCUUCUCGCUUCCCUCCUGGCUUCCCUUCUCAGACCCAAUCCCAAUCACCCCAACAGCAAACGUCUUCUCCCCAAAAAGAAAACAUCCCCUCCCUCCUAACCCCCCACUUCCCCCACCUCACCACCAACCCCACGCUCACCGCGCUCGACGCUCGCAAGCAUCUCGAGCAAGCGUACGAAGAGGAGAUGGAUAAGUUUGGCAGAAACGAUAAGUCCUUCAAGGGCAGGCAGUUUUGCGGUGCAGAUGGUUAA